CCGCUGUUUAAUGCCUAGUAUACACCCCCCAUUCCCAUUACUUUUCUUGACUAAAAGAAGAUAACUUUAAUUUUACAUUUAUUUAUACUUAUAUUUGCACACGCAGUGGCAUUUAACAAAAUAUGUCGGCCAAACCAACAACCACGCCCACAGAAAAACAAGGCGCUAAGCCAGCAGAGAAGACGAGUGCCAAGCCUGCUCGCAUGCUCGGUCAGGCGUUUGCCGAAGAAGAGAACUCGGACGAAGACCUUGACGCGCUGCGUUGGACUGAGCGCAGCCGGCGGCGACUAAAAGAGCAGGCAGCUGAGCAAGCGAAGCAGGCAAAAAAGAAACUUAAAACAGCACCCAAGACGCAGUACUCGGCCGCCAACCUUGCUGGCAUCAAGGUUGCCCACAGCUUGGCUGACUUUUCCGCUGCUGGAAACGACGAAGAACAUGUGUUGACUUUGCAAGACAAAAACAUUGAUGACCUGGAUGACGACAGCAUUGAGCUGCAGAGCACGGCGCUGGUUGACGCUGAGAGGGGAAGAAAGAACGCUGAGGCACGCAAAACACAGAUGCAGCGGAUGGGUGCCGAGCGCCUUUUUUACUAUAAGUGCUGGCGGCGUCAUUGAUGAAACCCCCCAGGAGAAAGAACAGCGCGAGCUCAGGCUGCAGAGAGGCCAAGUGGCUGUCUCGCUUGACGCAGACAAUAUUGGUAUGGGCGCAGCCGUAGUCAGCGAUUUCUACACCGCGGCCGAGGCAGCGACCAUGUUCCGCAAGCCCCGCAAGAGCAAAAAAUCAAAGAGCUCGAGUAAACGCACGACGGAUAACAACGAUUUUGCCGAAAUUGUCGAUGCUGAGCGCGUGAACUCGCUACUCACGAGAAAGGCCGCUGUCGAUGACUCGCAGUUUAUUGACGACGACGAGGAUUUGCAAAGGACCAUUGCCAAUGUGCGCCGGGUGUCCACCCGCAAAAAGAGUGCCAAGGGCGCGCUGACAGCAGAGGAGAUUUCCAGGCAGGUUCGCGUGGAGGCACAAGCACAGAUGGACGUUGCUCAGGCACAAGUCUCGGACGACUCUUCGAAUCUAGUGCUAUCAAGCACCAUCGAGUUUGUCCAGGCGCUCAAGGCUGCGUCUGCUAGUGCAAAGAGUGCUAUCGCUCCAGCGCCCAUACCAGUGGAUAUUGCCAUAAAGGAAACCAGCGAAUAUGUCCAGGCUAUAGCCGAGACAGACGCCAACGAGGAUGGCGAAGAGGAAGCAGCAGAGAGCGAGGCCCGAAUAGUCAAGGGUGGCAGCUCCCGGAGUGUUGUUGCCGCGCCUAUUGCUGCGACCAACAAGCGUGCAGGACUUAUUGCUGCAAGCUCCAAUAAUGCGACAAAGCCAGUUGAACCAGCAGAUCUGCUGACUCUCAACGAGCCCGAACCGAUCGUGGGCUCUGGCCUUUUUGCCACGCUCAGCCUCCUGCGCCAGCGCAACAUGAUUGACCGGCUGAGCGAGGAGCAAAAGCAGCGCGAACGCCAACAGCGCAGCCGUGACGAGUGGAUUGCCGAACAGCGGCGCAAAGAAUCUGCACUUCAGCUCGAGCGCCAGCGCAUCAAGCAGAUGGGCCGCCAGCCCACAGACACACAGACGACUGCACCGGUGAAGGGCGGGCGCCGUGGAAAGGCCGAUGAGAUGACUCAAAAGGAGCUUGACGAAAUCAAGGUGCGCGAGCAAGAGAUGCUCGACCGCAAGUGGGCGCGCGAGUAUGAAGAGCGCAUGAAGGACUACAAGCCAGAGGUCAAGCUUGAGUAUGUUGAUGAGGCCGGUCGCGAGCUGACGACCAAGGAGGCGUACAAACAGCUGUCACACGCGUUCCACGGACACUACAGUGGCAAGAACAAAGUCGACCGCGUCAACCGCCAGCGCGAGCGGGAGCAUAAGCAACAGGAGCAUAACUCAAGCACAAGCACGCAUCAGCAGGCAGCCAUUAUCGAGAACGCUCAUCGCAAGAUGGGUACGCCUGGCAUUGAUUUGACGCAGAUAAUGAAGCAGAAUCCCCCGCAAUCAUCUUCCAAAAAGUAGUUGAAUUAUAAAAUAUUAUUUAAUUGUAUGUUUAAACCCC